UCAGAAGCAGACUGUAAAAGUAAAUUUGUAUUAUUUCAUAUAAUUUUUUUCCAGUCAAAUUUUUUCGGCUUUCUCUUGUUAGUUUAAUUUUGACCGAAUCUCAUCUGAUCUUAUCUCGAUAUGGCAUUGCUAGAUGUACUCUCUGAGGAGCUCGUGUUCGACCCCUCCAAUGAACGUGAUUUGCAAAAGCCUCUGAUGCUCAAAAACUCCAGCGACAACAAUCUGGUGGUUUUUAGGCUAACAACCAAUAAGCCGCCAGGCCUAUUCCUGUUGGAUCCACCCAUGGGUAUCGUGGAACGACACAACACCAUGGUAGUAUCCAUCAUUAUGGAUCCCAAUGUCGCCUAUGCCACAUGGGAACACUACAAGCUGUCUAUUGAAGCUCUUGAUGUGGCCUUUCAAAUCGAUUUGGAGAGGUUCUGGACGAGCCUAUAUACUGAUGACCCCUGGAUGAAAGAACUCGAAUUGGUUACCCUUGAUCAGGAAUCGGUGGACAAUCGCCAAGUUGGCGCAGAUAACACUCCGGAUGUGAUGGAUUUAACUCGUCAGUUUUUGAACCUUCAAUUGAAGGUCGAAAAUCUGCGCACAAAAGAGAGGAACAAGCAAUUGAAUUUCACCAUGAUCCUGCCAUUGAUAUUAGUGAUCUUGGGGAUUUGGUGGUUUUGGUGAUUUUUAUCAAUUGAAUCACCAUAAAAAUUCUUCACGGCUUCAAUCAAACAAAAAGCAAGAAAGAAAACUUCAACAUGCUGCGCAACACCGAAAGAAAGCUGAGAACAUGUUGAGCAACAUGGUGGUCUUCAGAUAUAUUAUCACGGCUUCAUAUCAAACCAAAUGGAAGAAAGCUGAGAACAUGUGGCGCAACAUCGUAAGAAAGCGGAGAACAUGUUGCGCAACACCGUAAGAAAGCUGAGAACAUGUGGCGCAACAUCGUAAGAAAGCGGAGAACAUGAUGGUCUUCAGAUAUAUUAUCACGACUUAAAAUCAAAGAAAAAGCAAGUAUGAAAGCUUCAACAUAUUGCGCAACACCGUAAGAAAGCUAAGAGCAUGUGGCGCAGCAUUGUAAAAUAGCUGAGAAUGUGUUGAGCAACAUGGUGUUGCAGAAAUUUAACCAUACAAGACAUACCUCAUUGUCUUAUAAUUUCGAAUUUUAAUAAUAAACAUGUUAAAUAUUUGUUCUUGCAAUUAAAGUGAGUUUUAAAUCUGUUUUAAAAAAUCUAAAUAUUUUUUAACAAUGUUUACAAGGCAAGGGUAUCAACAAGUCACUCAAUUCCCCUUUUUUUUUUUUGCAGAAAUUUAACCAUACAAGACAUACCUCAUUGUCUUAUAAUUUCGAAUUUUAAUAAUAAACAUGUUAAAUAUUUGUUCUUGCAAUUAAAGUGAGUUUUAAAUCUGUUUUAAAAAAUCUAAAUAUUUUUUAACAAUGUUUACAAGGCAAGGGUAUCAACAAGUCACUCAAUUCCCCUUUUUUUUUUUUUUUUUCUUGGUGCCCUGUCAAUCAACCGAUUGAGCUGUGAAACCUCAACUCCUGACUGAUAUAUCUCCACAACGUUCUAGUCCCUCCGCCUUCCAUUAUCAUUGUGUCAUCAUCCCCAUCAUCUUUAGCUUUAUCAGGCAACUUGUCUUGUAAGCACUUUUGGGGGGCCACGAGACAGCGUUUCCAUCUCGGAGUCAGCACAAAAAAAAUUCAUUCUAACCUUUUCGGCUCCCCCGAGUUCUUUUCAAAAGGGACGCCUAAAAUUAUGCAACAUAAACUAAAAAUUAAACAGUUUCAGUGGUGGGUGGUGGUGGGCGUAGCAAAAAAAUACAACCACAACCACAAAACCAGACGUAAACACUUUUGCCCAGAGAAAUAGCAAUGUCAUCUGGCCCACUCGCUCGGUUGACCUUUUGUUGUUGAUGAUUAUCGGAAAGUUUCUUGAAGGCAGCAGCAGCUGUGGCAUUAUAAAUAUCCAAGAAUAUAGAGAGAUGUAAAAGCCACUUAAAUAUUUCAGGCAACCCCCCAACUAGACAGUGGUGAAAGUGGCAUGAAAGUAACAUGAAAAUACAUGAAAAUAUUUUUAAGAUAUAUUAAAAAUAUAUAUUUAAAAAAGCAUCCAACUUGGCAGUGAUGUAUGUACAAUAAAAGUGACAUGAAAGUAGCAUGAAUAUAAUAUUAUCUUUUUAACUAAACUAAAUUAAGUAAAUUUGUAUAUUUUAUUAAAGUUUUUCUCCUGCUUUGGAUAUAACUUGAUUAUAUUUCCCUUUCAGGUUGAACUUUUUUCCAGCAUAAAUGAUAACAAAUAUGCGAUAAAUAUACAUCACAUAGUUGUAGCAUAAACUUAUGAAGUUGACUUCACUUGAGACAUCAUAUUUUUUACACGUUCAUCCAUCUCCUUGCUACCAAAACCCUCUUCCAAGCUCAUCACAUAUUUAUGAUUCAUUUCAUUUCGUUUCGUACGUUUCGUGUUUUUUUAUGGCAAUGAGUUUGUGCAUUUCUCUUCGCUUCUGCUCUUUUCGGCAGUCACAGCUGCCGAUUGCCUUUGCUUUGCUGUGCGCCGCUUUAUCCUGUCACAGGAUUCCCAAGCCUAAAACCUCAUCCUGGCGAGGCAGGCACUUGAAGACCAUUUCCUAUGCCAUUCAACGGCCAAAACUCAGCUGAGGUCCUUCAAGAUUUUCCCCAAACUUCACUGAGGAAAGUUUAGAAAAAGCGGAAAUGGGACUAGAGUACAUGCAUACCCUUGGAUUGUCUGAUUUCUGAAAUCUUUUUA